CUUUCUGCAUGUGAGAGACACUUGGAUAUAUGGUGGACAAUGGAAGGGAACAAUGACAGUGACAGGCAUCGUUACAGUAUAAAAGAGGAGAGGAGAAAGUUCUCAAGCUUUGCUGUAUAUCCCGGGAUGAGCGGGGUGUGUGAGGAUGUGAGUGCCAGUGUGUGGAUGCUGGACUCGGACUGUUUUCUCACUUGACUCUUGAUAAGUAGCUUUUAAGAUGAACCUGGCUCCAUCCUGGCACCUCUCACUGCUCCUCCUGAGUGUUCUAACAGGUGUGUACGGGAAGAGAAUCAUCGGGGGUGCAGAGGUGAACCCAUACUCCAUCAAGUAUCAGGCCUCCCUCCUGUUCAUGAACCAUCACUUCUGUGGAGGCACCCUCAUCCACCCGCAGUGGGUGGUGUCUGCUGCCCACUGCUGGAGACCGAGGCACCUGAUCCAGGUGGUCCUGAGUGAGCACAGCAUCUACAAGCUGGAGGGCUUUGAGCAGAGGUUCGAUGUCUCCUUAGUCAUCAGGCACUACCAGUACCAACACUGGACGUUUGACAAUGAUAUCAUGCUGAUAAAGUUGGACCGUCCAGCUAUCAUCAAUGCCAUGGUCGAGCCAGCCUCUUUGCCAGACCCAGACUCACCGCCUUUGGCCAACCUUGCCCAGUGCACAGUCAGCGGCUGGGGUGUGACCUGGCUCAACAGCUACAGCCUGUCACCUAUGCUGAGGUCCGUGGAUGUGAACAUCUUUGACAACUGCAGGCAAUACUACUACUUCAGGGUAACAGACAACAUGGUCUGUGCUGGCUCUCGCUUUGGUGGGAAAGACUCCUGUCAGGGUGACUCAGGAGGACCUCUUGUCUGUAACGGUAAACUUGAGGGCAUUGUAUCCUGGGGCAUCGGCUGUGCUUAUGCUUACUACCCUGGCGUCUACACUAAGGUCAGAAACUACCUCGCAUGGAUCAAUUGGGUCAUCCAGAACAGAUAAUGAGACUCUUAAUGACAAACUCACCUAAAACUCUAUUGUGAUGACGAUUGGAAUGGAUCCUUGUUGACCCUGAGGUCCUAUUUUGGGUUGUCUUCUAUCCAGUAGUUUCAUAUAAACAUGAAUAUAUUUGCUAAGAAGAAAUAAAUACACCCCAAAACACAAGCAGGCAAAAAUACACAGUGAAGUCGCUUUUAAAAAAGGGUUAUCUUGAAAUAAAAGUCUGAGAUAUACUACCACAACUAAAUGCACUUUGUAUUUUGUAGUUAUUCUACUGUGUUUGUAGUGUUUUUAAGAAAUCAUAGAAAACCAUGUCACUCAUUUUGGGAAUCACUUCAGGGAUCAUUUUGCUCUUUAAAGUUCCCAUUUCUCCACUGACUCAGAGCUCAAAGAGAAGCUGGACUUAACAAUAAAGAGACAUAUUUUCUCAAA